AUGGCAGACAUAGUCAAGGGAGACGCUCCGACGAGCAGUACAGAAGUCACAGCUGAUGAAGAGAGAAAGGCUCUACUUCGUUCAUUCACGCCUGAAGAUGACAAGCGAAUCAGACGAAAGAUUGACAGACGUUUUCUAUGGUUGAUUGGAAUGAUAUAUAUCAUCAAAACGAUCGACUAUACAAAUGCUGCAUCAGUCAAGGUUCUGCAGGUUGGUUCGGAUAGGAAUAUCCUCAAAGAACUCAACAUGACGACCGAUCAAUACAACUGGGUUCAAUCCAUCUAUUUUAUCAGCUACAUCGUCUUCGAAGUACCGAGCAAUAUGCUACUGAAGAGGAUGACACCCCGUCUCAUGCAGUCUCGCAUUAUGCUCACCUGGGGAACUGUUCUCGCCUGCCAUGCUGCAGUAAAGAAUAAAGAAGCACUCUGGGCACUCCGGUUCAUUCUCGGAUUGUGUGAAGCAGGAAUGUUUCCAGGUAUCGCCGCACAGCUAUGUGGAUGGUAUCGGAGUGACGAAAUGGGAAAGCCCAUCAUGUGGAUGUUUGGAUUCCAAAAUGCGUCUGGUAUUGUUGGGUCUCUACUUGCAUAUGCGAUAUCGUAUCUGAAUGGGAAGUGUGGGAUGAGUGCAUGGCGAUGGGUCUAUCUAUUGGAAGGCCUCUUCACUGUCGUCUUCGCCGGCAUCGUCUUCCUCGUUCUCCCCGACUGGCCCAAGUCAGAACGAAGCAGCAAAUGGCUCACAUCACGAGAGCAAGAAUACGUCGAAGCACGAUUAUCCGAAAAUGCACCCAGAACAGAUGAUGCCAACUUCUCCAAAGACGAGGUGAUUGCAUCGCUGAAAGAUCCACGCACAUACGCAUUCAUGAUAUCGCAGGUCCUCGUCAAUAUUGCAGGAUAUGCCCUCACCUGGGAACUGCCGACCAUCACGACGAGUCUAGGAUUUGCUGGCCUGCCACGGAAUCAACUGCUGAAUAUUCCUCCAUCAGCAGCUGCAGUUCUAUCAAUUAUCUUUUCUGGCUGGUUCUUGAAACGGGCGUAUAUGACUCGUCCUGCAUAUGUCAUGUUCUGCAUAAUGCCGCCGAUGCUACUCUUCUUCAUUCUUCUGACUACUCUCAACUCUCGAAUUGGCAUCUACAUUGCCUGUGUGCUAGGGAAUAUGUUUUACUCUGUCUACUUCAUCCCAUUCUGGGCCUGGCGCUCCUCCUCUCUAAAAGGCACCACCGGUGCAGCCUUUACACUCGCUUUUCAAUCCUGCGUCGGCCAAGUAGGCGGUGUCAUCGGACCUCAGCUCUUCCAAUCAAAAUACGCAUAUAACGGGUAUAAAACACCAUUCGCCAUCUGCGCCGCCAUGGUAGGCGCUGCUUGUUUGGCGAAUCUGUGGACGUGGUGGUUGACGCGGAAUGUAGAGUGGGAUGUCUGCCGGAUUCGGAGGUUGAGGAUUAAAGAGGAGAAGAAGGGGAGGAUUUAUGCAGAUGAUGAUGUGAGGGUUUACGAGGAGAGGGAGUUUUAUCGGGGGACUAGGAGGGAGGAUACUGUAUAG